AUGGGAAGUACAGCCCCAGCGUCAACAUUGAGGGUUGCGGUUGCUCAGUAUGAGCCCGAAUGGCUAGACCUACAGGCAUCUGUCAGGAAGACCUGCUCGAUCAUCACUGAGGCAGCACAGAAAGGCGCGAAACUGGUGGGCUUCUCUGAAGCAUUCAUACCGGGCUACCCGGCUUGGAUCUGGAGCAGACCGGUCGACCCAGUGCUGUCGACCAAAUAUAUCCAAAAUUCUUUGGCGGUUGAUUCGGAUGAGAUGCGGACCAUUCAACAAUGCGCUGCCAAGAACGGAGUUGUUGUCUCCUUAGGAUUUUCGGAGAAUGAUAAUAAUUCAGUUUACAUUGCGCAAGCGCUCAUUGAUUCAGACGGCCGACUCCUCGUGGCUCGACGAAAGCUCAAGCCGACUCAUAUGGAACGAACUAUUUUCGGAGACAGCUCAGGGAACAGCCUGAUCAACGUGUCCCCAACCAAGCUCGGAAAGCGGGUUGGCUCAUUAGCCUGUUGGGAGCACUGCCAGCCCUUGCUGAAGUACCACACCGCCACUCAGCGUGAGGAUAUCCACGUGGCUGGGUGGCCGCCCUUAUCGCCACACGCUGGACCAGAGUUGUUUUCGAUGUCUCAAGAAGGUUGCCUUUGCCUGUCCCAGACCUACGCGAUUGAAACCCAAACAUUCGUCCUUCACUCUACUACUAUCAUCGGCCAGAAGGGGAUCGACGCGAUGUCGACAGAAGGAUCGAUGCUCAUGUCGACUCCAGGUGGUGGCUACUCCGCAGUCGUUGGACCAGAUGGUCGCCUCAUGUCGAAAUACCUGAAGCCUACAGAGGAGGGCCUGGUGGUUGCUGACAUUGACACAAACAUGAAUAUUAUGGCUCGCAGUUUCCUGGAUAUUGUUGGUCAUUAUAGCCGGCCGGACCUGCUUUGGCUUGGUUGCGACACCAGAGAACGAAGACACAAGGUAGACCAGACAAAGCCAUUAGCGGAGGACAAACCCGAAGGGGAGGAAUGA